UGUUUUCCAGCAAUAAGGCCGAUCGUAUUAUUGUGUCGAGUUCGUGAGGAGGAUUGGUGAUUUGUCGCGAGGUUCUCGACGGUGUGCAGAGGAAAAAGUAUAUAUAUAUAUUUUGGAAUCCUCCGCGCGCACCAGAAACACGCGUGAAGAGAGCCGGCAGAACGGAGCUGUCAUCACAGCGACUACUCCACAUGUGGACAUCGCCGUCCCAACUCAGGAUCGGCCGAGCACCCAGGAAAAAGACACAGCCCUAAAACGACAACGGUGGGCACCAUCGGUUAUCGCGGCUACGGCCGGUGAAAGAUGGAGCACAACGAUGGAUCCAGAAGGAAGCUUUCCUUCCUCGGCUUUGGCAGACGGGUGUCGGUCGACGGGCAUGGCGCGGAAAUGGGACCGGAGCUCGACGAAGAGAUGGAGAAGGUCUUCGCGAUGGACACCGGCGAGAAGUUCGACGUAGCCCGGCUCGGCUCGCCCUCGGAAUCGGUUGGAUCCGAUCGGGAACGCGAUCGCGGCCCACCACCGCGAUAUGGCGAUCGCGACUUCAAUCAACAUCGGAAACGGAGUUAUCCUCAUCCGCACAUGCCCCUGAAGAGCCUGCAUUCCAGAUCGAUGCGACGACACCUUGAGGGAACAGCGGUGGAAACAUCCGCCGACGAAGAUCACAUCAACAACGUUCAGGCGAAGAGUAACGAGACCCUAGAGGUCGACGGAGAGACGAUCAACAAUGGACAAUCAACCGUCGCGGCCGAGGCCGCGGAGGAAACGGCGGAGGAGACCGAGAAUGUAGUCAGCAGCGAGAGCGAGGCACCUAUUUCGGAGCGGGCGGCUUCCGGUUUCGGGGACAGCCCCCCGACCGUCGGCAGUCCGAGGGUGCAGUUCGAGAACAUCAAGGAGGAAGACGCGCCUAACGCGGAAAAGCGAACAAACGAGGCGCCGACAAACGAGAUCCCGAAUGGCCACGAGGAGGACCGGAAGUGCCGACGGCAUCAGAAGCACGAACACAAACGUCAUCACUACAAAUCCCGCAAGUAUUCUCUGCAGGAGGAUCCACAAUGGCGCAAACGUUCGGGAGCUGGUCUCCCGGACAGUUCGAGCUUGCUGACACGACGCGUCAGCGUUCAACCGGAAGAGGCGAGAACUCUUCAAGAACUCGACAUCGACGAUUUGGAGUCGCACCGUAGCGAUGAUCCGCGCGGUAUGCGACGUCACAAGGCCGCACAUCCAACGGUGCAGAUCGGUCGGCGGAAGGAGGGCGGUAUUCCGCAUGACACCUUCAAAAAAAUGUACGAUCACUCGCCGCACGAGGUGUUCGUUCAGCUGGACGAACUGCAAGGGUUGGGCGAGGAGCGGGAAUGGCGCGAGACCGCCCGAUGGAUUAAAUACGAGGAGGACGUUGAGGAGGGUGCCGAUAGGUGGGGCAGGCCUCACGUGGCCUCCCUCAGCUUCCACUCGUUGCUGAAUCUUCGCCGUUGCCUGGAAACUGGUGUGGUCCUUCUCGAUUUGGAGGAAAAGGAUCUGCCCGGAUUAGCUUACAGAGUGGUCGAGCAGAUGGUAAUUGAGGAGUUGAUUCUACCCGAGGACAAACCGAUUGUGAUGCGGGCGCUGUUGCUCAGGCACAGACACGUGCACGAGCACGAUCGCGUCUUUCGAUUCGGCGCCAAGAGAAGCUAUUCCAGUUACACCAGUCUUCAGUCCAUCUGGCUGGAGGAAGAAGAUGCUGCGCGGGAAGCCACUGAGAACCAUGUAACCCAACAUAAUCUGCAUGACGCGAAGCCGAAAAUUGUGUCAUCGAAUCUGGCGCUCGACAGCAACCACACCGUGGUUGACAUAAAGGAGGAACUUACGUACAUGAGCAGCAACGAGGAUCUGAAGAAAGGUACUCACAAUGAGUACAUUCUGAAGAGGAUUCCACCCGGCGCCGAGGCAACGGUCGUUCUCGUCGGCGCCGUCGACUUUUUAGAUCAACCGACGAUAGCUUUCGUGCGAUUGGCCGAGGGUGUUUUCAUACCGUCCAUCACGGAGGUCACGAUACCUGUCAGAUUCAUGUUCACUUUGCUGGGUCCGAGAAACGCCGAUCUAGACUAUCACGAGAUCGGCCGGUCAAUCUCCACGCUAAUGUCAAACCCGUCAUUUCAUAAAGUCGCUUACAAAGCAAACGAGAGAAAAGAGUUGCUCUCGGCCAUCAACGAGUUCCUGGACGAUUCGAUCGUAUUGCCACCGGGCGACUGGGAGAGACAAGCGUUGCUGCCGUUCGACGAGCUCAAGGCGAAAAGCGAGGCUAUCAGAAAGAGAAAAGCGAAAGCUCUCGAGGAGAAGAGCAAACCGGUGCAAAGUGAGGCAGCUGUGAAGAAAGCUCUACUGGCCGGUGAAGAAAAAAAACCACCAGAGGACUACGACGAUCCGUUACGACGCACCAAACGACCAUUCGGCGGCCUCUUCAAAGAUAUCAAGCGCCGCUACUCGUUCUAUCUGUCCGACUUCACGGACGGUUUAAACUCGUCCUGCAUUGCGGCAGCCAUCUUCAUGUAUUUCGCCGCGCUGUGCGCAGCCAUCACCUUCGGUGGUCUGAUGAGCGACAAGACGCACAAUCUGAUCGGUAUCUCUGAGACUCUGGUCUCCGGUUCUUGGACCGGCGUGAUAAUGGCACUGAUAUCCACUCAACCACUGGUGAUCAUCGGCACGACCGGUCCGUUGUUGCUCUUCGACGAGAGUUUGUACAACGUGUGUCUGUCGUACGAGCUCGAAUUUCUCACCGUGCGGGUGUACGUCGGCAUCUGGAUGGGUAUAAUUGCUCUGGUGAUCGCUUGCGUCGAGGGCUCGGUUCUCGUGCGGCUCUUCACACGCUUCACCGAGGAAAUCUUCACCGGACUGAUCUCCCUUCUCUACAUCGUCGAGACGUUCAUCAAGCUCUACAAUUAUUUCGCGCGCAAUCCUCUUCUACACGAGUACAGCUUCGGACCGGACACCACCAAUGACACCACUUAUCCGCUUUACGUCACCGAGAUGAAAGUCACCGUCUCGCCGUGGAACAAUACCGAGGAGGAAACUGUGCGCCUGGAAGAUCCCCGCCAACUCGUACCGAGCCGCGACAUUGCCGGACUAUUAAUUAAUCAACCGAACACAGCUUUAAUGUGCACUAUUCUUUGUCUGGGCACCUUUCUGGGUGCUUACUACUUGAGAAUCUUUCGCAACAGUCAUUACUUGGGUCGUAGCGCUCGAAGAGCCUUCGGCGAUUUCGGCGUGCCCAUCAGCAUUGUCAUUUUUGCUCUGCUCGAUUUUCUGACCAAGGUAAAAACAGAAAAAUUGUUAGUGCCCGAGGGACUAUCCCCGACUAUACCUGGUAGAAGCUGGCUCGUUUCUCCUAUCAACGAAUCCGUUCCGGUUUGGGCGAUGAUGGCCUGCGCGAUACCAGCUAUGCUGGUUUACAUUCUAGUGUUUAUGGAGACUGAAAUAUCGGAAUUAAUCAUUGAUAAGAAAGAGCGCAAAUUGCGCAAAGGCAACGGCUAUCACAUGGACAUCGUAGUGGUCUGCCUGAUGAACAUGGGGUGCGGCUUUAUGGGCGCGCCUUGGUGCUGCGCCGCGUCGGUGCGCUCGCUCACCCACGUGUCCGCCGUAACCGUGAUGUCGCGCACUCACGCGCCCGGCGACAAGCCUCACAUCGUCGAAGUCAAGGAACAGCGGGUGAGCGCUCUGUUGGUGGCGAUACUGAUGGGCGUGAGUGUGCUGAUGGCGCCGCUGCUGCGCCGAGUGCCGAUGUCCGUCCUGCUGGGUGUGUUUCUCUACAUGGGCAUCUCGUCGACAAACGGCGUGCAACUGUUCGACCGCGUCAAGCUGUUCUUCGUGCCAGUCAAGCACCACGGAUCGGCGAAGUACGUGCGUCGUGUUCAGACGUAUAAGAUGCACAUCUUCACCUUUAUACAGAUCAUGUGCCUGGCCGUUCUGUGGAUCGUCAAGAGUACCAGGGCCGCUUUGGCUCUGCCGUUCUUCCUCAUCCUGAUGAUACCGCUGCGCGCUCAGAUGAGCCGUUUCUUCACCGCCGCGGAGCUACGUGCUCUCGACAGUAAGGGACCCGAUCACGAGGUCGAGGACGAGUUGGACUUCUAUGAGGAGGCUCCAUUACCUGGUUAGACUGUGCCUUAAUUGACUAUCGGUAUCACGGCGUGUCUCCUCUCUUUUUAAAAUUCAUCUCCCCAUCUUCUAUUCUCGGAAACUAUUUAAAACUCGUAUACCUGUUUCGUAUCAGGGUUCUCCUAAAGGUAUUUAGCAACAGUCCAAGAAUACAGAGUUCUAUUUUCAUCAGAUUGGAAUAUAAAUAGCGUUCUGGGUCCACUGAUAGGAAGUGAUGAUAAGCGGUGUGUGAUGUAGCUCAGGUAGAGAUAAGACGAUAUACAUUGUAGGAAGGAUUGUCGACAGUCGUUUGGACUGUUGGAUCUCGUUUUUUAUAGUUUCUUGACUGCACAAACGCUUUGAUUCCGCGAUUUGUCUUGCUUCCGUCUAGCUUCUCCUUUUCUUUCCGGAGAUCUUUCGCGCGAGUUCUCAUUUUUUAUGUAUCUCUAAUCGCAGAAAUCUAACACAGAUUCUUGUUUGCAUCGAAUACUUAAUCGCUUCUUUUCGCAAGUGCUUCGUUCCGUUCUUGUUUGUUUCAGUUUUUUUUUUUUUUUUUAACUAUGUGUGUAGUUACGGCAAAA